UAACACUUGUAUUUAGUCAAUGGUUUGACUUAGGAAUACUCAGCUGAUUUGUUAUUUGUUUCUUGUGUUCCGCACAAUACAAAAAUAAAUUGAUCGUGUAAAAAAUUAUUUUAAUAUCUAACAAUAUAAAUACAUCAUAUUUUAUACAAAAAGAAGUUAUUAAUAUAUGUUUUGCAAUAACAAGUAACAAACUGGUAAAAAUAUUUUCGAAGUAUCAUGUCUAAAGAAUUACGAAAACACUAAGUGACAGAUCAAAAUUUGAGACAACAGAUAUAAAAAUAUGUCAUCUUGGACUGAAAAUGUUGCAAUAAAGCAACCUAUUAGGCGCUUGGAGAUCCAAAUUAAUAACUUCAAUGUAGCCAUACCACAUCAUGUUAACUUAUUAAAACGGCAUAAAAGUAACAUUGAAAAAUAUCAAACACAACAUGAGUGGGAAAAGAUGCAUAGAGAACACAUAAAUGUAGCUAGGAUUAUAAAACAGCUUAAAGAAUUACUAUAUCAAAUGGACACUUUAAGAGCUCAUGUUCUUGAUUCUGACAUUAAUCAGUUUGAUAAAUUAACUGGCAAUGCCCGUACAAGUAUCAUGAAUGCAGUCAGAGAAUAUAUGGAACUACAGCUGAAUUUGCCCAUGUCACAACCAGAGUCACCCAAAGAAGAAGAUCAACCCAAAAGUCAUCCACUUGACGACACAUAUAUCCAGCUCCAGAAAGAACAGCAGGAGCUGCAGCAUCAGGAGGCAUGUCUGCAUACUUGGAACACCUUGCAAGAAGAUAUACAUCAACUUCAUCAAUUAUUUCUUGACUUUAACAAAAUUGUUGAUGACCAAAAGGAGCUAGUAAAUGCAACAGAAGACAACAUAGAAGUAACAAAUGUGAAUGUAACGGAGGGUGAGAAAUUCCUUCAAAAAGCUGCAAGGUACAAAGUUACAAUGUACCCUUUAGCAGGAGCUGUAAUUGGAACUUGUAUUGGUGGACCAGUUGGUUUACUAGCUGGAUUAAAAGUCGGUGGUCUAACUGCGUUAGGUUGUGGUAUUUUAGGAUUUACUGGAGCAUCCAUAAUAAAGAAAAAGGAGAUAGAAAUGCAAAAAUCAAGAUCAACAGAGGGGCAUAGUUUAACUGAGCAAAAUACUGUGCAGAAAUCAAUAUCUUUACCUGAGAAUUUACAAGAAACUAGGAAGGAGUUGUGACAUAUGCCAAAAUGUGAUAUUAGCGAUAAGAGUAAAAGAAAGAAUGCCUGCAGUGUCGUUUAGUCUCAAAGCACUGAUAUUAAUAAUUCAAUAUGUUUUUAAAGAUUUAGGGAUUCUUUGUAUUUAUUCUCUAUAUAAAACAGGAAUAUUUGACAAAUUAUUAUUAUUAAGGAUAUUGUGACUAGAUAUUUCUAUAAAAAUAACUUGUGAUUUAUUGAAAAUUUUUUUUACUGUAACAUGUGACAAACCUAUUAAGUUUAAGAAAAACAUUGAAUAUUAAUUAUGAAAUUUUCUGCUGGGACCAAAUUUUAUUGUUAAAAUUACUAAGGUCCUUAACAAAAAUUUCUUUACUUUGCGAAAAGAAAAUUUUUUUAUACAAUUGUAUGAAACAUCAAAAUAUAUAUGUAUAAUGUAUAUGUAUAUGUAUAUAUAUAUAUGUAUAUGUAUAUGUAUAUAAUGCAUAUAGCAUAUAGAUUAUUCCCAAUAAUGAUAUUAACCAAACAAAUGCGAUUAGAUAGGGUUAUGUUAUUGCAAAUAUUACGUCGAAAACGUACAUAUAUAUAAACAAUUAAAUACUUUUUCACUGAAAUGUACUUACAAUGAUAUAAAAAUUGUGCGUUAUGUUAAGCAGGAUCGACGUAAUGGAGCACUCGCGACGCGCCUUUUAUAUACUUCUUACAUGUAUCGUGGUGUUUACACAAUUACAAGGUAUCAAGCCAACACGAAAACCGAAAGCCUAUUGUUGCUUGUAAACAGUGUCUGCAAAUAAACUAAUAUCACGAACGAA